UUACCCAAUAUCCCAUAGACAGUGAACGCAUCACCAGGACCAGACUGUCUUCUACAUUGUUAACGUUGAUUUCUCCCGUCCAAGCCAGCAUUUUUGUCUUCCGUGAGCCAAACCGGGGUCACAGGCUCCCACAACACGCAUGAAAUCUCGGCUACGUUUCGCAGCGGGACACACACCGGCAAACUCUCUAACAUGAGGAGGAUUGCUGGCCGUAACCCUGCCCAGACCGGAGGCUGCUGGUAGGGAUGGUACCGCUUUGAAGAGGCUGUUUCGGAAGACAUGCCUGCGGUCGGGGGAAAAGGGAGGAAGUGCCCCGACAACAUGACUCUUUUCAACCAAGAAAAUGUUGAGGAAUUUUACGAAAUUGGAGACGAGCUGGGAAGUGGGCAGUUUGCUGUGGUCCGAAGAUGUCGGCACAGGGGUACGGGUGUGGACUACGCCGCGAAAUCCAUCAAGAAGCGGCGCAGCAAGUCGAGUCGACGAGGGGUGACGAGGGAUGACAUCGAGCGCGAGGUGAACAUCCUGAAGGAGAUCCAGCACCCCAACAUCAUCACGCUGCAGGAGGUCUUUGAAAACAAGGCUGAGGUCAUCCUGAUCCUGGAGCUGGUGGCCGGCGGUGAGCUCUUUGACUUUCUGGCAGAGAAGGAGUCGCUGAGCGAGGAGGAAGCCACUCAGUUCCUCAAGCAGAUCCUGGAUGGAGUCUGCUACCUGCACGCCAAACAGAUCGCUCACUUUGACCUUAAGCCGGAGAACAUCAUGCUGCUGAACCGCUCAGUGCCUCACCCUCGCAUCAAGCUCAUUGACUUCGGCCUGGCCCACAAGAUAGAUUUUGGCAAUGAUUUUAAAAACAUUUUUGGAACUCCAGAAUUUGUAGCUCCAGAAGUAGUCAACUAUGAACCUUUGGGCCUGGAGGCAGACAUGUGGAGUGUUGGUGUCAUAACGUACAUCCUUCUGAGUGGUGCGUCUCCCUUCCUGGGUGACAACAAGCAGGAGACUCUGGCCAACGUGUCGGCCGUCGAUUACACAUUCGACGAGGAGUUCUUCAGCAACACCAGCGUCCUGGCCAAAGACUUCAUUGCAAGGCUCCUUGUCAAAGACCCCAAAAAGAGAAUGACGAUUCAGGACAGCCUCCAGCACCCCUGGAUCAAGCCAAAAGACACUCAGCAAGCACUGAGCAGAAAGGAAUCGGCUGUCAACAUGGAGAAGUUCAAGAAGUUUGCAGCUCGAAGGAAAUGGAAACAAUCCGUCCGACUUAUCUCCUUAUGCAACCGCCUGUCCCGCUCCUUCCUGUCCAGAAGCAACAUAAGCGUGGCACGCAGUGAUGACACGUUGGACGAGGAGGACUCCUUUGUGAUGAAGGCCAUCAUCCACGCCAUAAACGAUGACAACGUGCCCGGUCUGCAGCAUCUGCUCGGCUCCUUAAACAAUUACGACGUCAACCAGCCCAAUAAGCAUGGGACUCCUCCCCUCCUGAUUGCAGCCGGCUGUGGCAACAUUCAGAUCAUUGAGGUGCUGAUGAGAAAAGGCGCAGAGAUCCAGGCCCAUGACAAGAGUGGAGCCAAUGCUAUCUACUACGCAGCGAGACAUGGCCAUGUCGAGACCCUGAAAUUCCUCCAUGACAAGAAAUGUCCUCUGGAUGUCCAAGAUAAGUCGGGGGAGACUGCUCUUCAUGUGGCGGCCCGCUACGGCAACGUGGAUGUGGUGAGCUAUCUGUGCAGCAUUCGGGCCAACCCAGACCUGGCGGACAGGGAGCAGGAGACCCCGCUGCAUUGUGCUGCGUGGCACGGAUACUCGCCAGUAGCUCGAGCCCUCUGCCAUGCAGGCUGCCACGUGGACGCAAAGAACCGUGAGGGGGAGAGUCCGCUGCUGACAGCAUCUGCUCGGGGCUUUGUGGAUAUUGUGGAGUGCCUGGUGGAGCACAAGGCCGAUCUAGAGGCGACUGACAAGGACGGCCACACAGCCCUCCACCUGGCCGUACGGAGGUGUCAGGUUGAAGUGGUCCGCUGCCUCCUGAGACACCACUGCCACCUGGACCAGCAGGAUCGCCAUGGAAACACGCCGCUGCACAUCGCCUGUAAGGAUGGAAACCUGCCGGUCGUCAUGGCGAUCUGCAGCGCCAAGGCCAGCCUCGACAUGCCCAACAAGUAUGGCAGAACUCCCCUCCACAUGGCUGCGAACAACGGGAGCCUUGAGGUUGUCCGCCAUCUCUGCCUGGCUGGAGCCAACAUUGACGCCGUCACCAAUGAUGGAAAGACAGCAGAAGAUUUGGCUCAUACUGAUCAACAUGAACUCAUUGUUUCUCUGUUGGGAAAGCUUAAAAAGGACAACCACAAACUGAGCUACAUCCAGCAGCUGCGGCCUACUCAGACCGUCCAGCCCAGGAUAAAGCUGAAGCUGUUUGGACACUCCGGAGCAGGGAAGAGCACCCUGCUGGAGUCUUUGAAAUGUGGCAUCCUGCGCAGCUUCUUCAGGAGGAAGAGGACACGCAUGACCAAUACAACCCGCCACCCCAACUCCCCCAUCAACUCGAAACCUGCUGUGUCGGCGAGUAUUACCAACUUGUACCCUGGCUGUGAGAACGUGAGCGUGCGGAGUCGCAGCAUGAUGUUCGAGCCCAGCCUGACCAAAGGUGUCCUGGAGGUCUUCUCCCCCGUCCACAACGCUCUGUCCUCAGCUGACGAACAGGCCACAAAGGCCAUCGACAUCCAGCACAGCAACAUCCAUGGUGUGGGAGAGUUCAGCGUGUGGGAGUUUUCGGGGAACCCAGUCUAUUACUGCUCCUACGACUACUUUGCAGCCAACGACACGACAGCGAUCCACCUGGUCCUGUUCAGCCUGGAGGAGUCGUACGAGACCCAGCUGGGACACAUCACCUACUGGCUGAACCUGCUGAAGGCCCUCAACCUGCCACAGGACAACAUCGCUUUUGGAGGUCGGAUCCAGCAGCCUCUCACCGUCGUCCUGGUGGCGACGCAUGCCGACCUCGCUGACGUCCCGAGAGCUUUCUCUGGAGAGUUCACCUACGACAAGGAGAAAGUGCUGCUUAAGGAAGUCAGGAACAGGUUUGGGGUAGACCUGCAGAUCAGUGACAAAUUGUUUGUGAUGGAUGCCGGAGCCUCAAACUCCAAAGAAGUGAAGCUGCUGAGGAGUCACCUGCAGGAGCUUCGUGCCAACGUCAUCUCUAGGUGUAGUCCCAUGACGCUGCUGUCGGAGCGUUUGCUGACCACCUUGCCGACCUGGAGGAAACUGAGCGGACCCAACCAGCUGACGUCAUGGCAGCAGUUUGUCAGCGAUGUCCAGGAGCACAUCAACCCUCUGGUCAGCCAGGAUUACCUCCGCACACUGGCCCUGCAGCUCCACAGCAUGGGGGAGAUCAACAUCAUGCAGAGUGAGACGGUGCAGGAUGUUGUUCUGCUGGAGCCUCGUUGGCUCUGCAGCAACGUACUCGGCAAGCUGCUUUCUGUGGAGACGCCCAAGGCCAUCCACCACUACAGGGGGCGCUACAGGCUGGAGGAGGUGCAGGCUCUGGCUCCUGAGAGUGACGUGGACGAGCUGCUGCAGAUCCUGGAUGCCAUGGACGUCUGCGCCCGUGACGCCACCAACCCCUCCAUGGUGGAUGUUCCUGCCCUCAUCAAGACAAACGGCCUCCACCGCUCCUGGACCGAAGAAGAGGAGGAGGAGUCACUGCUCUACGGCGGGGUACGCUUCGUCCCCGCGGAGCACCUGACCCCCUUUCCCUGUGGCCUGUUUCACAAACUGCAGGUGAACCUGUGUCGCUGGAGCCACCAGCAGAAGCCGGAGGAGGAGGGCGGGGAGGAUUUCGAUGGAGAUAUCCACCUGUGGACCAACGGAGCCAAGGUGAGCCAAGGCGGAGUGGAGGCCAUGAUCCUGCUGGUCAACCACGGCCAGGGGGUGGAGAUUCAGGUGCGCGGGCACGACUCAGAGCGGGCCAAGUGCUACACCCUGUUGGACACCAUCUGUAGUAUAACAGAGAACCUGCUGGCCUCCACACUCCCCGGACUGCUCACAGCCAAAUACUACCUGAGUCCUCAGCAGCUGCGGGAGCACCACGCCCCCAUCAUGAUCUACCAACCCAAAGAUUUCUUCCGGGCCCAAGUCCAGCGGGAGACCUCUCUCACUAACACCAUGGGCGGCUACCGAGAGAGCUUCAGCAGCAUUCUGUUUUUCGGCUGUGCUGAAGUUUACCAGCAGGGGACUCUGGGAAGGGACAUCCACAUAUCAGACGUCCCCCUGUUGGCUCGCAGGAAGCUCUGCCGCAUGCUGGACCCUCCUGACGCUCUGGGGAAAGAUUGGUGCCUGCUGGCUAUGAACCUCGGCCUCACAGACUUGGUGGCCAAACACAGCAACGGGACUCCAAAUGGCACCCCUGAGCUGGACACGGACCCGGACUCCCAGGAGGCUGUGCUACAGCCCAGCCCAACAGCGGCUCUGCUGCAGGAGUGGAGCGGGCGAGCAGACAGCACGGUGGGCGUGCUGAUGGCCAAACUGAGGGAGCUCGGCCGCCGAGACGCCGCCGACUUCCUGCUCAAAGCUUCUCCCGUUUUCAGGGUCAACAUGGAAGCGCUGGUAGGGGCCGCCAACGGAUACCCCCCCACCUGCAACGGUGGCACAUCGUACAACUCCAUCAGCUCGGUCGUAUCCCGCUGAACUGAACGGGCUUUCUGUCCUUCGCCAAACGGCAGAUAGUCUGAUGUGACAUUUCCCCGGAAACGGGACUCGUGCGUGAAUGAACAUGAAGUGCAAUCGUUCAGCUGCUCGCUCCUUAAUCACUCCAUUAAGUUGGUGUAUGAACCAGAUGUUGUGUUUGUGCUCUCCACACCUGUACAGCUGACCUUUCCUUCCACUAUGAAUGUUGUGAAAGAGCCGAUGUUCCUGAGCUCCAAAGAGGAAUCCUGUGCUUUUAUUCUGUUCUGAAUCUUGUUGUGCUGCUUUUUAAUAUCCCUCCAACUCUACUGCACACUUAAGUCUCACUCAUCUUACAGAAAAGCUACAUUUUUAAAAGCUAUCAUCUCUACAUAAAGCAAUGAUUAAAAAAGAUGGCAGUCUCAUGUUUGGACCUUUUUCGUAUCCAGAUGAAAAAACUGAGUACUUGCCAUCUUAUCUCACUCCAUCCAUCACAGUUACAUAUAAUAGGAUCAGCCCCUCCUUGCUUCUGUUCUACUGAUGUGACAUUUGGGCCGUUCAGCUUAGUGUUUAAUAACUAAACGGCAUUUUUUUAGAGUGCCUUUGUGGCCUUCUACCUCCCUAAAGAGCACAAAUAGUCUUGCUAUAAUAUUAAAAAAAACAAAUAGUAGUUCUUUCCAAACAUAUGAAGAACUGUGCCUUGUUGACACUAAUAGGAAAAAUAAUUAUAAUCAAGUCUAUAGUUUUUAAAUGGAAAAGGUUAUCUUACAUUUGAGACAGGAAAAAGGUUGACGAAGAAAGAAAAACAAGAGCUCGGCUCAUGUUACAAGCUUUUUGAAAAUGUAACGGAAAGCUGAAAUCAGAGUCGUGCAUGAGAUGAAACAUUGGAUUACAGUCAGUGUGGAGUUCAUGUGAUGCUCUGUAGGGAAGCAACGUCAUUCAUGUUUAAUUGGUGCAUUUGGGUUUUUACAGAUUAUCCUUCCAAAGUUUUAUUUCUUCAUUAAUCCAACAACAGAAAUCUCUUCAUUGUUGAUUCAUUUUUGGUGACACUUUAUUUUACGUGUCCUGUAAUUCCCUAAGAAGUUAACUACGCUGUAACUAUAGUGAGACAAUGUUACAAGACAGUUAUUUGUUUGUUGUUGUUGGAAUUUCCAGGAAAGAACUGCUAAAAUGUUAAUGACUAGAAAAACUUAAAGAAACCAGCUUGCGUGAAGUAGUAAUUAUGUUUGGAGUCAAAGCUGCACUAAUCAAAUUGUUAUUUUAUUGACAUCCAAAACCCAAAGAUUACUACCAUAGAAGAAAACCAGCAAAUAUUUCAAAGCUAGAACCAGGGACUUUUAAAAUUAUCAAAAAAUGUUACUGGUUAAUUCUCAGUCAAUCGAUUAAUUGAUUACUAAUUGUUAUAAUACUAAUCUUCGUACAGCAUAGGCCUAUACUGUGUUUUGAAAUCAAUGUGCUUUUCCAUUUUGAUACUUAAAGAAAAUAAAAAAUAUGCCGCGUCACAAGUAAAUCAAACUGCAAGUUAGCAAAAAGUCUACCUGACACUCACACAUUUUUUAGUCCGCGUACUGAUUUUUCUUGUAUACUUCCUCGUCACUUUUCCAUUCAAAACCUGCUUCGGAUAAGCAUGUAGGAUGGUAAUGGGAUACACCUUGAGUCUGCAUUUUUCUUCUAAUUGUUACCAGAAUUACAAGAUCGUCCUUUGCUGGAACUUUUUGAAGAGUUAACAGUUCCUUUCUUUGAAAUUUUAGCCAACUAUGGGACCUCUAAAAUGAAGUGUAACUAUAAAUGUUCCCACUUCAAAGUCUGUUUUUCCCCCAAAGUACAUUGUCUUAUUGAAGGAUAUUUUUCCUUCCAGCACCAAAAUGAAUUUGCUGUAGAUGGUCACACAAGCCUAAGAGAUGUCAAAAAUCAUCAUGGUAGACUUGGCUUGGCACUGAUACUGCAGAGCUCCCUUUACUUUGAAUAGAAAGUGCCACCAAAAUGAUAAAAACGUAAAGAAAAGUUCAUUUGUAACAUGUUCUACUAAGCUCAAAGGUAAUUUAUUAUAUCCAGUAAACACACCUGACACUGCACCUUUUUUAAUGCUUCUUCAACGAGUUUUCUCCAUUAGUGACGUCAACAAUCAAGUUGCUGUCCACAGUGUCAGAUUUGUACACAGCGGCAUCGACGCAGCUUCUGUCGAGCUAAAUUUGAGCUUCUCUCGGUAUCGCUGUCAGUGUCGGUCGACCGUGCGUGGCUUCACUUCUUCUUUCACGUUUGUCUUUUUAUAUCAUGAAGCUGCAGCCCGCCUCGGUCAGCAAAAGCAAAGGAAAAAUGGCAUGAAGUUAGUAUUGUUAGCUGUAAAAGGCCGAAGGCUGAUGAUGACAGAAAUGUCCUUUUGUGUCAGCUGGUGUUUUAUAAUGUUUGGAAGCAGACAUUUUUUCAUGUGUUGAUGUUUGGAAAAGAGUCUUUCAUUCCUAAAAAGCUAGACUUUUGUAGGCCUUUUUCAGGACACAGUAUCACAGUUUGAUAGAAAAAAAACCAUGAGCUAAUGUGCCAGAGUGCAGUAUUUCCUGUUCGCUUUACUUCCCCAGUGUUACCAUCUGUUCGCAGAGAUAAAACUUUAAAUACUGUUCUUCUCUCACUGUUUUUGUCUCGACCUGAACUUGCCACUCCACACAGCAAAACUUCCAGCUGUGAUGUAAAUACUCCUCUCUUUUUUUCCCCCUCAACUUCAUCUUCAUUUUUCUGUUCACUUUUUUGGCCCAAAAUGUUGAUUCCAAUACCAACAAAAAAUGAAUGUACUACUCGUCUCUCGUAAAAAUAUAAAAACAAAUCAAAGAUGUGGUGAUAAAACUCUCAACACAAACUAGUCGGAAACAUAAUGUUAUGUAAUGUUUUUUUCUUAUUUUAACAGAAGCUUUUGUUGAAGUUUGCCAACGUUGUGUGCCUAAAACACACUUGUUCAUUAGGGCCGAGUACCGACGGCGUCGGUCAGCGAAGGCCCUAUUGAAAUUGCUCUGUUUCUUCUCAUUAUUCUUUUUCUUAAGCCAAAUGAAUCACAAUUAAGGGGCUUAAGUUGCUCGGACAGUUAUAAAACUUUGCACGUGUAUUAGAAGUAGCAGGAAUUUACAUCUGGCAGGGGUCUCUGGUUGGGGCAGUCAAAUUUGCUCGGUAUGACCCCCUACAAAAUUUUAACAGAGUAUCUCCCACGGUACGUUUCACCUAGAUGUAAAGUUAGGAAGGCAUAUGUAUCUCCUCUAGACUUAUAAAAAAGCUUUUUGGAGCCAUCCCCUAAACCCAAAAGAAGACAUUUUGAAUUUACUUUCCAUUUUUGGACAUUUUUAUCAUUUCCGGGGGCGGUACUUCAGUCUACUCCUCCUACAGAUUUAACCCCAAUGACUUAAAAAUUGGUCAGCACGAUCUAAAGAAAUAUUUAGUCAUAGUCAUAGAGCCACCUACUGGCCACAGGAAGUCAUCCUUUUGUGACAAACAUCCGAUUUACGUAAAAUAUGCAUUUGUGGGGGUUAAAUUUGAUAUAGAGCAACAUAGUGCAUGUUUAGUGCGUGUUGUCUAACGCCACAUAGUGAAUAACAUCCUUUCCAGCGCCUGGCUCUCUGCCCGGUGUCCGACGGUUGUGGAAGUGCACGGCCACGCCGACCAAUGUCCCGCCAGUUCCCCCGACGUGCGGGGAGGUGCGAGGGCCCGAUCGUCGCUGCUUGCAGCUUUAAUUCCUCUUAUUAUUGCCUUGUACAGUAUACAAUCUGAGAAAUGAUGUUUCAGAAAGGGAAGUGAAUAUUAUGUUUUUGUAAAAGCUGGGAAUCACUAUAUUAUUAGCAACCUUGUCUCCAUUUGGUGUCUUUUUUUCCGGGUGGUUCUGACCGUAAGAAGUGGAUUUAAAAGUGUCUUCAAAACACAUUUUUCUGUCUGUUUUUGUCUGAAGAGGAACUCUAUAUAAUAUUUCCCCCUUUUCGGACAUUCUGGUCCAAUGGCCACAUUGCACACAUUGUCUUUUUGUCACUAUUUAUGUUACAUUCUUUUAGCAUGUCUUGGAAUGCCAUGUUAUUAGUACUUCUGACACUUUAUAGUGUAAAACAUUUUAUAAUAAAUUCUUUAC